AUGGCAUGUCAGCAUCCGGGUUGUUCGUUUGAUAUAUUUUCUUCAUGCAUAAAUCAUUGUAUGCAAAACGUUUGUUUGAUACAUUUAAUUGAACAUGGUGAUGCAUUAUUAAGUGAUUUUACGGAUUUACUCGAUCAUCUAGAUAAAUCGACAUGUGUUUUAAUGAAAGAAGCAAAUUUUUCUAAGACUCAAAUCAUUCAACGUCGUCAAUAUGAAAUUGAACGUAUUAAUCGUAUGUAUGAUAAAGACCAACGAGAAAUUCGAAAACGACUUGCAUUUGCUGAAGCUGCAAAUGCUUUAUUAAAAGAUAAACAGCAUAAAUUAAUAAAAUCUAAACAAGAAAAUGAGUGUCAUAUUGGUCAACAUGAUUUUGAACAAAUAAAAUCAUAUGCAAUUCAAAUAAAAGAUUCCUCAUUUGAAAAACAAGACAAAUCAAUUACAAAUUUUCAAAUAACUAAUGAGCCAAAUUUUAUAAUAAGUAAGGCUUUGAAAACUUAUUCAUGUCCAUUAAUUCGACCAAAUGUAUUUGGUAUUAAACUUGAACAUAAUAUUCGUUUUGAUUGUAAUGGAUCAACAUUUAAUAAAUCACACUUAACUAGACAUUUAGAAUAUUAUCAUCGAAUGUUACCGGAAUGUGCACGUCGCUUAAGAAAUGCUAUUGUUAAUGGACAAUCAUCAUCGGAUCAAAUAAAAUUAUUUUCUGAUAAUGAAAUUAUUCUUAAUCAAGAAUUUUUCAGUGAUUGUCCUUUAACAAAUUCAACAAAUAUAUUUGGUGCACAAUCAUCAUUAUCUAUAUUAAUGCAUAUACCAUGUACAAAAAAACAAAUGGUACUAGCAUCAAUGAUAAACCAUUUUCAAUACUAUCAUAAAUUGAAAUAUGAUGCUGCAAAAAAAAUAUUUAAUUUAAUGAAAAAUAAAUCUCUUACACAUGAUAUUAUUCUUUUUGAAAAAGAUGAACGUAUUGGAGCAACGUAUAAGAAAAAAUAA